AUGAGCAGCCCAAGGAAGGCAUUAAAUCGCCCCAAGAAGAGGACAUUAGUUCGGUGGGAUGACGAUCUAGAUGAGCUAUUGCUGUUAACGGUGCAGUCUGUCUGCAAUAAGAACAACAUCAAGAUCCCGUGGGCCGAGGUGGCUACCACGAUGGGCCACAAUGUCUCUGAAGGAGCCAUCGUACAGCACCUGGCUAAAGUCCGUCUUCGCCGGCUUGAGGCAGGCAAAGACGUUCCCCCUCCUCUCCGACGUGGCGGUCCUGGAGCUGCCAGUAAAUCCUCAAAUGCGGCCAUCGCAAACAAGGCAGCCGGAGGUAAGCGCAGAUUGCGCAAUGAAAUGGCUUCAGACAGCCCAGCAGAGCUGGUAGAUGUCAUCCCAACAUCUGACAAUGUCUCGGACGAAGAUUAUGUGCAGGAUCGUCGCGCCAAAGUUCAGACAGAUAGAACACGGGGAAAAUGCAAUAUGGUCCUGCGCAGAGAAGAUCAGAAGAUCAAACAUGAGCUCGACAGCGACCAGGACGAGUCCGAUGAUAGCAGUGAGGACUCUGAGGUUAUAAUAGCGCCUGGAGCCAGGUUCCUUCACUACCCGGGCGACAGCACGCUGCAAGAAUCGCCUCCUUCCACCGAUGCUGGGCCCAGGAAGAGUAAGAUAGUCAUUCUCAAGUGCAGACCACGAGUGCAGUCCAUGGAAGAACAACUUCAGAGCCAACCGCCAGAAACCCAACUGCCCGUGAUACAGCAGUCACCCAUACAGCAGCCCGUGAGCUUCCAAGGUACAAGACAGAAUGCCAUCAAUGCCAUUAAUACCUUGUACCAGCCGUCCUAUGGUCAGUACUCGGGCCAGAAUCUCCUGGAGAUGGACAAUCCCAUCACCGUGAACAUGCAAGACAUGGCUGCGGAUUACGCACUUGCAAAUAACAACUUCAACAUGGAUUUGCCCAUAGUUGCUCCCGAAAAUUUAACGUCGAGCCUUCUAAAUUUCACCCAAACCCAAGGUCCGACACCGGAUUCUUUCAUGAAUCUCCUCACCAACCCUCAUGAUGAACUGAUGAACUUCGAUUAUGAAGCACCAUACCAGCAGGACAUGGACAUGGAUGAAGUCUGGGACUGGGUGCGGACUAACGGUGCCCAGCAAGAUGCUCCUGGUCCAUUCCUUGGAGGCUCAAAACCACAUGGGCUACCCUAG